AUGGCUCUCAAGACUAUUGGCGCUGCUGCGGCAGUAGCUCUUGAUAAAGAGCUCAUGAGCACUGGGGCAUUCUCCAUCGACCAGUUGAUGGAGCUAGCGGGACUCUCUGUCUCCCAAGUUGUGUAUCGAGUUCAUCCUCCUCAUAAAGGCAAGAGGAUUCUGGUCGCCGUUGGCCCCGGCAACAAUGGAGGCGACGGGCUGGUUGCGGCGAGACAUUUAAGGCAUUAUGGCUAUCAGCCUACGAUCUACUAUCCGAAGCGGGGAAAGAAUGAGCUAUAUCAGCGCCUUGUAAAACAACUCGAAGACCUCGAAGUGCCCUUCACCGACGACUUCCCUGCUGCCUUACAGUCAGCCGAUCAUGUGAUCGAUGCCGUCUUUGGCUUUAGCUUUUCAGGAGAAGUCCGCGAGCCCUUCCCAGCCGUGAUCAACGCCAUGGCAGAGGCCAACGUACCCGUCACCUCUGUCGACGCUCCAUCAUCCUGGGACAUCGAAAACGGUCCACCGAAGUCUGGCGUGGGCAGCAACUUCCAUCCUGAUGUCCUCGUCAGUCUGACGGCGCCGAAGCCAUUGGUCAAGUACUUUAAGGGUCGGCACUUCAUUGGUGGGAGAUUCGUCACCCCCGCAAUCGCCAAAAAGUAUGGCUUCGACCUGCCGCCAUACGAAGGGCUGGACCAGGUCGUCGAAGUGGAUCCGGACGGUAAACCGGUGAAGCUUUGA